AUGAUGGAGCGCGACUUGUGGGGAUUCUUCGAUGGGUCGGCAUCGAAGCCCACGACGGACGCUUCAACCGCGGAGAAGGAAGCGUGGGUGCGCAAGGACAAAAAGGCGUUUGCCUUUCUUGUCUCCAAGCUAAGCCUCCAACUCGUCCCGAUCGUGAGCCCUUGCAUCGACCGUGACGGCGCGACUCGUGAAGCGUGGAAGCGACUCGAAGGAGAGCACGUCUCCAAGUCACUUCAUAGCAAGCUUCAAGCGCGCCUCGACUUCUUCACGGUGCGGAUGAAGGACGGCGAGUCAAUACGCGCGUACGUUAACCGCGUGGAGGAGCUUGGCGAGCGUUUGGUGGAACUCGACGCGAGCGUGGAGGACAACGAUUGGAUCAUGACGCUCCUCGCGGGCCUCGGUGAAGCAUGGUCAACGGUGAUCACGAUGUUGGAUGGGACGCAAGAUACAUGGAAGAAGGAGCAAGUGGUGGCACGCCUCAUCAACGAAGAGGCGAGGCGCGCGAAGUUGCAUGGCGAUGCAAUCGGCGCGGCACACUUCUCCCGCGAUGCGAAGGCGAAAGGGUCGGGUCACUUCAAGCGGCGCAACGACGGCAACAACCGCGGGAGUUCGAACGGGAGCGCGGCGACCUCAAGCUCAUCACGAGGAGGAUCGGCCAACGCCAAUCGAGCUCGGGCGCGAGAUGCAGCUUGUCGGUUUUGCAAGAAGACGGGACAUUGGUGGCGCGAUUGUCCCGUUAAACCGGCAAAUUGGAGGCCGUCUUCAAGUGACGACAACCGGCGCGCGCAUGUGGCGACAUGCGACAACAACGACCGGGAGUUCGUCUUCGUCGCAAGUGGAACGACCGUCGGUGGUGUUGACGCGUGGGUACUCGAUACGGGUGCUACUCAACACAUGACGGCGAGCGCGACGCUUCUCAACAACGUGACAACGGUGGCUCCCGUUAGGCGCGUGAUGUUCGGCAACCGUGACACCUUGGAUGUCACGGGACAAGGCGACUUGCGGCUCAUGGUGGACGGCGGUCCACUCACCAUCAAGAACGUCUUGGUGGUUCCCGGGCUCGGCGCCAACCUCCUAUCCGUUUCUCAAUUUACACGCAAGGGGAUGCGUGUGAAUAUUGAAGGGACCACGAUGGCGUUGAGCACGGCGGACGGCGUACACAUCGGCACGGCACGCCAAGCGGGAGGACUCUUCAUGCUCGACGCUCUUCCGAGCGUGGCGAGGGCUCAAGCGGCUACCUCGACAACAACUCUCUCGACGUGGCAUAAUCGGUAUGGCCACCUCAACCACGCCGCUAUUCAAGCUAUGUCAACGAAGGGGAUUGCGGUUACGUUGGCAACAUGGAUUCGCAACCGGUGCGUGACCAAGGCGUUGCCGAACACGACGCCUCUUGAGGCUUGGAGCGGUACGAAGCCGGACGUCACCGACCUUCGCACGUUUGGGUGUACGUGCUACUACCAUGUCCCGGAUGCCACACGGACCAAGCUUGAGGCGAAGGCGCGGGUGGCGAUGUACUUGGGUCCAAGCGCGGAUCACAAGGCGUGGCGUGUGUGGGACUUGGAGCACGGGAAGCUCGUGGUGUCGCGCGACGUGGUGUUCUACGAAGACACCUUCCCGUCCAAGUUGAUGCACGUGCCCUCGGUCAUCAUUGUCCCUCCCCCCUUGGAUGCCGCGGAUGAGGCGGAUGUUGCUCCUACGGCUUCUCCUCCUCGUACGAGUGAGGGGGAGAAUGGAUCGGGUGCGGUUGGAGUGAGUGCGGAUGAAGAACAUGCCAAGGAAAGUGACCCUUCAUCUCCUCCUCCUAAAAUCACUCCCACCCUCGCAUCCACUCGCACUCGGAGGACUCCUCGUCCCAACUCCAAGUUGGAUGACUACUCUCUUGUGGCGGGGGAUGAUAAGGGAGGGGGAGAUGCUAUGUGUCUUGAGGCAUACACCGACACACCGUCCACCUACCAAGGCGCCAUGAGCUCGGCGGAAGCGGCGGAAUGGGAACGUGCGCUUCAAGCGGAGUACGAUUCGCUCAUGGCGAACGACGUCUACGAGCUCGUCCCCAUGCCCCCCGGCGCCUACCUCGUUGGCUCUCGUUGGCGGACGUGA